AUGUCAGCCAAACCAGAUGCAUACCAGCGCCCGGACCUGACCCUUUCCAUUGAGGACCGCAUAGCAGCGCUCGUCAAGGCGCUGACCGAUGACCCGGACUACUGUGGGCCUGACACUGUCGCCCACCGCGCCGGCAAGAUCACGCUCGUCAAAGCCUCGCCCGGCCGGACCGAGUGGACCAUGAACAUCACGCCCGAGCACUGCAACAAGGGCAAAAACAUGCACGGCGGCAUGGCCUGCAUCGUUCUCGACAAUCUGACCUCAACCGCGCUGCUUACGCUGGCCAAGCCGGGAUUCCUCGAUGCCGGCCACGUGUCCAGGACUAUCACCAUGAGCUAUCUGCGUCCCGUGCCGCUGGGCUCGACAGUGAGGGUUGUAUGUGAGGCGGUGCAGGCGGGUCGGAACACUGCCAAUCUCAGGGGUGAGAUUCAGAUCGAUGGCAAGACGUGCAUCACGUGUAUCCACGACAAGGCCGUCUUCCAGAAGGGAUUCGUCCAUCCGAAGCAGCAGGGACAGGGGAAAGCCAAGUUAUGA